AAGCUAAUGGCUAACAACUUCUGAUUGGCUAGCUAACGUUUAGCUAAUGGCUAAUUUUUUUAAAAUGAAGUUGUACCUCAAAACACUCGUUAAAAAAAGACCAAUUACAUGGUACUCCCAGAAAUUGUUUAUUGACAUAUUAAUCAUUAUGUAAAAAGGAGUAAAAAGUAAAAAAAAAAAAAAAUUACUCAAAAUCAGGUUUAAAAAUCAAAUUUACAUAAAAUUAAGAGUCUAAUAGGAGCAAAAAUCAGCCAGCCAUGGAAAUGAAAAAUGAUUGGCUAAAAGCUAGCUACUAGCUAAUGCUUCGGAGAGUUAGCCAGCUAAUGGCUAAAGCUAAAAAAGCAUUGGCUACCCUCGGCUAACGGCUAAUGGCUAAAAGCUAAUGGCUAGCUAAGCAGCCCUGGAUUCGACUAUUUAAUCGAAGUUCUCAAAGUACAGAAAUUUUCACUUUUAAUUGACGAAUCAACUGACAUAGCCUCAGUGAAACGUUUGGCUGUUUGUGUUCGAUACGUGAAUACUGAAAAUGGCAUUGAAGAAGUGCGAGAUGAGUUUUUGACGAUAAUUGAGGUAAGAAUUUACUUGGAAGUUUCUAUUUGUGUUUUUGUACACCAAUAUUGAUAUUCAAUUUUUUGUUAGGUUGCAGCAGGUGAUCAUGCUACACUGUACAAUGUUAUCCGAAGCAUGUUUCUGAAAUACGAAGUUCCUUAUACUACUAAUAUGGUCGGAUUCGCUGCAGAUGGGGCAAAUGUUAUGUUUGGUGCCCACAACUCUGUUGCUACGAUGUUCAAACGAGAUGUACCUGCAAUCGUAAAUAUGAAAUGUAUUUGUCAUUCAUUGGCUCUAGAGGUUCGGUAUGCUGUCAAGAAACUGCCAUCCAAUCUUGAAUCAAUGCUGUCUGAUGUCUAUUGUUAUCUUAAACACAGCACCAAGCGUCAACAACAUCUUGCUGGGAUUCAAAAAAUAUUAGAUUUACCUGAGCAUAAAAUUCUCAAAUUUAAAAAAGUCCGAUGGUUGUCAUUGCAAGGUGUUGUAGAACGCUAUGUUGAGCAAUAUGACGCGCUCCUGCAGUUUUUUGAAACUGAAAGAACCAGGUCUUCAAAUAAUGCAGAAGCUGUAAGCAUCCACGUUCGAUUACAAAACCGCUGGUUUCGUCUGUACCUUCAUUUCUUAAAUUUCGUUUUGCCAGUCGUUAUUAACUUGAAUAGAGAAUUCCAGUCCGAACAACCGAAGAUAUUUUCGAUUCAUAGAAAAAUGCAGGCCAUGUUUCGGGUCAUCGUGCAGUGGUACCUGAAGGAAGAGUAUGUACAACGGACUGACAUCGAUUUGAUCGAAUUUAGAACCAUUACUGAUGAUAACAAACACAACUGGGAAAAUCUCAGGAAUAUUGAACUGGGCCCAGUUGUAGAAUCGUGUCUUAAAAGCUUACCAACCAAUACAGACCAUGACGAUAUCUUGAAGUUCCGAGGUGUUUGCAGAGACUUCAUGAUUGAAUUAGCUUCUCAAAUUUACCAACGAUUUCCUUUUAAUGAAAGUGAGGUGCAGUUGUUGGAAGAAAUCUCCUACCUCGAGCCAGAAAAUAUUUGUUCCGCAAGAAGUAUCUACAGAAUCUCAAAUGCGUUCCAGAUGAAUGCCGUGGCAGUUCACCAAGAAUUCGUUAACCUGAAGGUUUUCUACAGAUCAUUAGCAAAUCGCAAUUUAGAUUUGAACGCGUUUUGGGGUAGAGUUCGGCAAGAUGGCGGUUUUCCCCUGCUGAUGGAGAUGUUUGAUAGAAUUCGUGUUCUACCAAUUUCAUCAGCUGCGGUGGAGCGAAUUUUCAGCGCUAUAAACCUCAAUAUUACCAAAAUCCGAAAUCGACUAUCAACGGAAACAAUGGAAGGUAUUCUUCAUGGAAAAAGUCUCAUUCGAGACCAACUGAUUUAUGAGAUCGAUUGCGAGCCCAUGCUGAAGUACUGUGACGAAUCAAUUUAUGAUUUCAAAGACGAAAAUUACGCAAAUAGACCUAAAAAGAAAAAGCUCAAAUUGAAAAACAAACUGGGAGUCCAUCAGAAAAAGAGGAAAGUAAAACGACAGCCAAAAUCAAAAAUGAAGAAAGUUUGAUUGUUUUUUCAAAUGUUUUAAUUUUUAUUUUUUUUACUUUUAUUAAGUAAUCGAUACUUACGGUUAAUUCAAUUUGAUUGUUUUUUUAAUUUUGAUUCUUUUUACCUUUAUUAAUAAUUAAUCGAUACUUACGGUUAAUUCAAUUUGAUUGUUUUUUUAAUUUUGAUUUUUUUUACCUUUAUUAAUAAUUAAUCGAUACUUACGGUUAAUUCAAUUUGAUUGUUUUUUUAAUUUUGAUUUUUUUUACCUUUAUUAAUAAUUAAUCGAUAGUUACGGUUAAUUCAAUGUUUCAAUCCAUCUUUUGUAAUACGUAUUUCUAUUUACAAUUUUUAAUAAUUUUGAUGUUUUUUUUUACAUUUAUCAUGUAUUAAUUAAGUGAAUUUCAUUCGUAUUUUGUUCUCAGUAA